CUUCCCUUCUUACCUAGGCGGAUGUGACGUAUUAGCUUAGAUCGGCCACUGACAGCGCACGCACAGAAAUGGCGUUGGGAAGCUCACUGUACCGGGCGCUUUUCCGCCGGACUUCUACCUUUACGCUCGCCAUUGUGGUCGGGGCUGUGCUGUUUGAGAGGGCGUUUGACCAAGGGGCUGACGCGUUAUAUGAGCAUUUGAACCAAGGGAAACUAUGGAAACACAUCAAGCAUAGGUACGAAGAGGAACCGUAACAGCUUCCAGACGCAUUUCUUCCCGCAGUCGUGUUUCACCAGACAGUGCUCAAUACUUGGUUCAAGAUGGCCGAAGUGGCGGAAAACCUCGCAGAUCAAUGUGGAAAUCUGGGGGGCUGCCCUGUCAUAUGUAUUUAUCAUGCUCUAAAGAAUACUUAUGUUUAAAUAAAAUUGGUAAAAUGCCGGUU